AUGGGCGCAGGUGCGGCGGGAAUCGACUUCUUACAUCAAGCCCCCAAGGCCCUCAAGGGACUUCAUAUCGAUAUCAAAUGUUUUGAGAAGAACUCUGAUGUUGGCGGAACAUGGUACGAAAACCGGUAUCCCGGAUGUGCCUGCGACGGGCCCAGCGCGAGCUACCAGUUUCCCUGGUGCCCAAACCCGGACUGGACGAAGUUCUACAGCGAAGCGCCGGAGAUUUGGCGAUACAUGAAAGGGAUCGUAGUGGAUGAAGGGCUUGACAAGUACAUUCAGCUCAACACCAAAGUCGUCAGGGCAACAUGGGAUGAUGCUGAUUCUCGGUGGGUGGUGGGACUGGCGACAACUGAUGGCAGAAGGCACUGGGAAGAACGAUGCGAUAUCUUCCUCAAUGGUGGUGGCUUUCUCAACGCCUGGAAGUGGCCGGACAUACCCGGCCUCCACUCCUUUUCGGGUCGUCUUUUUCACACAGCACAGUACGAAGAAGGGUUUGACUUGAAGGGCAAAAGGGUUGCCGUGAUCGGUUCAGGAAGCUCUGGCGUGCAGACUGUUGCAUCAGUGUAUGAAGAUGUAUCGAAGCUAUACACUUGGGUUCGCAGCCCGACCUGGAUCACGGCAGGAUUCGCUCAGAAGUUUGCCGGCAAACACGGUGCGAAUUUUGCAUAUUCCGAAGACAGAAAGACCGAGUGGCGUCAAAAUCCAGCUAUGUAUCUGAAGUAUCGAAAGCAAGUAGAGGGAGAGCUCAACCAGCGAUACAAAUCGACUUUACGAAAUACCAUGGAGUCCCAGGAGGCAAAUGAAUUUUCCUAUCGAGAAAUGCACAGCAAGCUAGGCGGCGACAAGCGACUAGAAGACAAGAUCAUCCCGAAGAACUUCAAUGUGGGUUGCCGACGGCCGACACCGGGCAACGGGUAUCUAGAAUCUCUUAUUGGAGAUAAGACGACCUGUUUCACCGAAACCAUUCACUCCAUAACACCAGCAGGCUUCAAAGACCAGCAGGGAAACGAGUAUGAGGUUGACGUGAUUAUCUGUGCCACCGGUUUCGACACAUCCUUUCGCCCACAAUUCCCAAUUAUCGGACUUGACGGAACCAAUCUUGCAGACAGAUGGCAGGAGGUCCCUGAAUCAUACAUCGGAAUUGCGGCGCCGAGGAUGCCAAAUUAUUUCAUGUUCACGGGGCCAUUCACACCCGUCGCACAGGGGUCAAUCCUGCCGAUUCACACACACAUGAGCAAAUACUUCAUCCAGGUAAUCCGCAAGAUGUACACUCAACAUAUUCGCCGUAUUGUUCCGAAAGACAAGGUAGUGGAGCAGUUUAUGGAACACUGUAGGGCAUACCUUGCUCGGACAUGUUGGGCGGACCCUUGUACGAGUUGGUUCAAGCAGGGUCGAGCAGACGGCCUCAUUGUCAUGUGGCCCGGAUCUCGUCUAGCGUUCUUCCAGGUUGUUGAAACGCCGAACUUGGAGGACUUUGACAUUGAAUACCAUUCGAUCAACAGAUUUGGCUUUCUGGGCAAUGGAUUCGCGGCAUAUGAGUUUGAGGAAGACGGCGACACCACGCCUUACCUGGAUUGCGAGUACGUUCUGGCUCCUCCGCAGGCGACUAUGGAGACGCUCCUCACUGCUGGUCAGGAGUAG